AUGAAGCGCCGCAAUCAGCGAGGGGUCGCGCCGCCGCCUGGGCCCCCGGGGGAGGGUCCCGUGGCCCGGGCUGGAGAUUCCCCUGCGGGCUCCCCGCGGCCCAGGUGGAGGAGGGCAUCCUGGUUAUUCAAAACCCUAAUUCUGCAUCUCUUAAUUAUUUAUGUUUCUGUACCGUUCCUUGUACGUCUCUUUCCUGCGCUGUUGGCCAAGUUUGUCUUUCUCAACAUUAUGGCAUUUCCCUUUGUGGACUUUGGGAAACCCGAAUUGCUGCUGAACCAUACUAUAAACUUCUAUCUCACAACCGAACCAGAGGUCACCAUCGGCAUCUGGCAUGUUUUGCCUGGUAGCAGGGGGAUAGAAGCUCAAGGGAAGGACCACAGCUGGUAUGAAGAAACUCUUGCAGACGAGAAUCCCAUUAUAAUUUACCUCCAUGGCAAUGGAGGUAACAGGGCUUCAGGGCACCGAGUUUCCUUGAUGAAGGUGAUGAGUGGUGCAGGCUUCCAUAUACUGGCUCUUGACUACAGAGGGUAUGGGGACUCUAGUGGCUAUCCAAGUGAGACGGGAUUUACUACAGACGCCAUGUGCCUCUAUGACUGGGUAAAAGCCCGGAGUGGAAAUAGCACAGUGCUCUUCUGGGGACACUCCUUGGGUAGUGGAGUAGCAACAAACGUUGCAAGAAAAUUGCUUGAAGAAAAAGGCAUCCAGGUGGACUUGAUUGUUCUGGAAGCAGCCUACACCAACAUUCGGGAUGCAGCAGCUCAUAUUCCCAUUACCAGGAUCUACCGUCAAUUCCCAGGAUUUGAGUACUUAAUCCUUGACUCAUUGGCGUUGGGUGACAUGUUUUUCCGUAAUGAUGAGAAUGUUAAAGUGCUGUCCAGUCCCCUUUUGAUUUUGCAUUCAGAAGAUGACCCCAUCUUGCCCGUCCACCUGGGUAGAAAGCUCUUUGAGAUUGCUCUCCACUCCUAUGAGAACAAAGACAAGGUCAAGUUUGUUGUCUUUCCGGAGAAGCUAGGCUUAGCCCAUGAAAACAUCUGUUUAGACCCGGAACUGCCAGCCAUUGUGAAAGACUUCCUGAAGAACAGCAAGUGAUACCAGCUACUGCACUGUACAUUCAUCACCAUGGGCACACUUACAGCUGAAGUCACAUCAUUGCAGAGACUCAACAAAACUACAUUAGAAAGUUUAAUUUGAUUUUAAUCAGCAAAUGGACUAGAGUACAUUUGUGUAGCCAGACCCAGCUACUGGCACUAUAGCUUUACACCCCCCACAAGCUGUACCCAGGUAGAGUCAAUAGUUUGCCUUAAGCUUUGUGUUUUCCUUCUAAAGUGCUCUUACAUUUAGUGCAGCUCUUAAUUUUGAGCUGGUUUUGAAGGGAUAACUAAACCUCUCCAUGGUGGGUUUGUUUUUAAACAGACAUCACAUCUGUGAAACUCCCCAUUGUGUAGUCAAGUUACUAGUCAGCACUUAAAGUCCAAUUCUAUGCUGAGGGCUUCAAGCACUUUGUUCUUACUAAGAUGUUUGUUAAUAUCUGGCAUAUGACUACUGGGUAAUGAUUUGAACAGUGUUCAUAGGAAGAUGUUACUAAGCUGUUGGCAUGGCCACAAUAACUAACUCCAUGAACCAUGACAUUUUAGAAUCAGAAGUGAAGGGCUGGAAAGGCUCUUGAGGGCUGAAUUAAGGUGGGGAGAUAAUACUCCUGAGGCCUUGAGUGCUGAGAGCAGGAUAAGUCCAGUUCUUUAGGAAAUUAGAACCCAUGGGAGAACAAAAAGUGAUCAAAGGUUAGAACUGUGUAUGCUCAGUCAUGGGAAAAGAUGACUGAGUGAGGACUUGACAGUUAAACUGUCAGGGCUGUUUCAAAAGGAGUGUUCUGGGCCUGUUGCAGUUACACUUUGUAAUGGGCUUACUGUGCAGCAAGGGAGGUCUGUCAGUUUUUCUUAAGACUGAAACUAAAUUACCCUUGCUCCUGAGGGAGUGUAUUACUGCUGGCUGACCAGCCCUUAGGUCUGUGUUCCUCCCCCCUUUCCUUGUGACAGUUUAUGUAACAUUUGACUUGACAGGUACAAGAAAGAAGCCU